UUGUUGAAUGAAAGUGCACUAAUUCAGGAAAAAAGUCCAUUUACUAAUAACAAACAGAGGUCAUAACUUUACCUAUAUAAAGCUAGGCGUAUUAUCAGAAUGGUAUAGCAGUCGCUCCUUGUGUCCAAGCUACAUCUAAACACCACCAUGAACUCUCUUUUCGUCACUGUUUUCGCCAUUUUGGCCGUCAGCGCCAACGCAGGAGUCUUGGGCGGACUCGGCUGGGGCGGCCACGGUGUGGGUGGUCUGGGCGGUUUGGGCGGUUUGGGCGGCUGGGGCGGUCAUGGUGCCGGCUUGGGCGGCUGGGGCGGACACGGAGCUGUCGUAGCUGUUAGUCCGUGGGCACACAGCCCGGUAGGCCCAUCUGGAGUCGUCACCGGAGCGGGAGCUGCUGGACCUUCCGGAGUUGUCACCGGAGCCGGUGCUGUCGGACCUUCUGGAGUCGUGAAUGGACAUGGAGCUGUUGGACCCACCGGCCCCAACGGACACGGUAUUGCCAUCGCUGCUAUCCCCGCAGUAGGUCUUGGAAUUGGACACGCCGGACUUGGACUCGGACAUGCUGGUCUUGGACUGGGACAUGCUGGUCUUGGAUACGGUCUUGGACUCGGCCAUGCUGGUCUUGGACUUGGGAUUCAUCAUUAGAGAUAAUCUGGACCGAUGUUCAAACUGCGCUGUAUAAAAUGAAUGCUGCCUCAUCUCUUCUAGUUAUUUAUUAUUGUAGAGACUCCUAUACGUGAAUAAAACAUUUCAACUCAGC